GCUACCGUUAUGUUGAGGGGACAACAAUUUGAGAGUUUAUACCUCCCCCGAUACCAAAGCAAUUUUCUUUCUUCAGUAUCUUUGUAGUCCGUGUCUGCUGUUGCUGACUCGAAGCCUGAACUUGUUGCAUAAGUUUAACAGCUAUUGUGCAAUCCGAUCGAGUGCUCGGGAUCGACCGCGAAUCAACAAUCUCCAUCAUGCACGCAACCUCUCCACCGUCUACUCCGUUACACUCUUCAUGGAAAUCUGUCUUUCGUCUACCAAGCUCUUCAAAGAAGCACCGUGCUAAUGGCAAUGGUUCAAUACUAGCUGUUGACUGCUCGCCUCGUGCAGUUACCUCUCCUCUUCAGACAGUCAGACAUAUGCCCGUAACAUCCAGUCCUUCACUGGCUCCUGGCUCAUUCCUCCCUAUCGACGAGCGUUCCUCCUACAACUCUUCGAAUACCCGAUCUAGCGACUCGAACGUGGGAGCUGUACCGAACUCACCGUACCUUGUGCCUGAUUCCCGACUCUUCCCUUGCCAGUACCAGCCGCAUCUGCAGCAGUCGUCUGUUUCGAAUGCUGAAGCGAAUGGAAUAGUUACCCCACAACAGCCUCAGAGUCGCAUACGGACAAAGUCGGAGAAACAGCGUAUGAUGCAGGGUCGCCCUUCGCAGACACCAACAAAGCCUCAGACUGCCACGGGCUCUCAGCAGUCAUUCGCACUCCCACAAAGUCACGCUGCGUCUUCAAGUCGCUCGGGGCCCUUGUCUCCUCGGGCCAUGGGCGCGUCUGCCACGCGCUUCAUUCGUCGCGUAGCAUCCGCGCCAAAUGCGAAGCAUCUCUUUUCUUCCGGUAGUCGGUCAUCAGCACCUACAAAGAAUGGUCUAUUAGCACCUGCAGAUAUGGUUCCACCAGUACCUGGUGCACCCUCUACGUCAUCUGACCACGGUGAUGACUCAUUGGAGACUCUGUCGUCUGGUUCUUCAAGAGGGAGAUCUAAUCGGAACGAACGGUAUCCUGGCAACUCACACCUGUCCAAGACUAGAAUUGUGAAUGGAGCGCAUGAUGGUCCAGGGAAAAUGGCUUUCAGACGGACAUAUUCCAGCAAUUCAAUCAAAGUUCGGCAGGUCGAGGUCGGCCCAUCAAGCUUCUUGAAAAUUAAAAUGCUUGGAAAGGGCGAUGUCGGACGUGUGUACCUUGUGCGAGAAAAGAAGACUGACAAGCUUUUUGCUAUGAAAGUCCUAUCCAAAAAGGAGAUGAUCGAACGAAAAAAGAUCAAACGUGCUUUGACCGAGCAAGAAAUUCUAGCUACUUCAAAUCACCCGUUCAUCGUCACACUUUAUCACUCCUUCCAGUCGGAAGAGUACCUCUACUUCUGCAUGGAGUACUGCAUGGGUGGCGAGUUUUUUCGCGCGUUACAGACUCGCCCGGGCAAAUGUCUCCCGGAAGAUGGCUCACGAUUUUAUGCGGCGGAGGUUGUGGCGGCCUUGGAGUAUCUUCACUUAAAUGGCUUCAUAUACCGCGAUCUCAAGCCAGAAAAUAUUCUCCUGCAUCACUCCGGCCACAUUAUGCUGUCGGAUUUCGAUCUCGCUAAACAAUCUGGACAUCCUGGGGGCCGUCCUGCGACGAUUCACCAGCUAGGACCAAACGGGAUACCUAUGAUUGAUACGAUGUCAUGCACAGCAGAUUUUCGGACCAACUCGUUUGUCGGUACCGAGGAAUACAUCGCGCCAGAAGUGAUAGCUGCACAGGGUCACACCGCUGCGGUGGAUUGGUGGACGCUUGGUAUCUUGAUAUACGAAAUGAUUUUCGCCACCACGCCCUUCAAGGGAAAAGAGAGGAACGAUACUUUUGCCAACAUCCGGUCUUUGCCAGUUCAUUUCCGGGACGCUCCUAAAAUUACGAGCGCUUGCAAGGAUAUUGUCAUUCGGUUGCUUGACAAAGAUGAACGAACUAGGUUUGGUAGCAGGAGUGGAGCCAGCGAAGUUAAGCAGCAUAAAUGGUUUGCCAAAAUGAACUGGGGUUUGUUGCGUCACCAGCGGCCACCGAUCAUUCCGUCGUCCUCGAACGGUCUUGAUGCGGUGAACUUUCGGCACCUAAAGGAGUCACGCUCGCUUCACCUAGAGGAGCAAAUGCGGGGCGUAGCAGGAGCAAGCGUACCGGCGGUCCCUGGGACACCCGGAUACGAUGACGGUAUGGAUGCUCCAGCAGAUGGAGAUCUGUUCGGCGCGUUCAACAGCGUCACGCUACACUAUGAUGGGGAAAGCUGAUUCCGCCAUAUUCCCGUCUAUACCCCUAUAUCGCGGUGGCUACGAAACAUCGGAUGCGAUCGCCGGUGGAAGAUGGGAUUUGGUGUGAUACUUUAUUUUUUCAUCGUAUUAUACCAUCCAGUGCUUCAUUUCAUUGAUGCUUUGCUUGCAUAGUUCUUGGAUUUUUUUGUUUCUAGGGAAAAAUAGGUUCACAUGUAUUAUUUCACUGCACACCAUCGUUGCUUCUUACAAUUCAACCAUCUAUCACUCGCUUUUAGUGUUACUAUGUCCGACACUCUACAAUCUUUUCUAAUCAGUUUGAUCAUGACGCAGUAGAGCCG